AUGUCACCUUUGAUGGAAAAAACGCUCUCGAAACAACGCUCACCGGAGGACGAGGAUCUGCUCGAACGGAGCACUAAGAAGUCGAAACGCGGCGGGGCUGAGCCAUCGAGGUUCAUGGAGACACACGUCGACGUAGUGCAAGAAACGCCUCUUGAGGCGAUGGUGAUGUGCGACGCAUCAGUAGACCAUUCGAGGCCGGCCCAACCACUGCGAUCGUUCAGAGAUGCUGUUGCCAGAAAUGCGAUCACAUUAGUCGACUCCUCUUUGGGAGAUCAGGCUGACGACGACAGUUCAUCCGACGAGGACCAAUCGGAGGAAGAUGAGGAUCCGUUGUGUCCGACCAUCAGAUUUACCAAGAGGGAAAAGGAGGCGAUCAGGGAGCCAUGGAGGCAAGUGCUCAUAAUCAAGGUAUGGGGAAAACGGGUAGGAUACUCUUUCCUCAUGCGGAAGCUCUGCGCGUUAUGGCGGCCCAAAGGCAGCUUUGAGAUGAUCGCGAUCGAUAAUGACUACUUUCUAGUCAAGUUUGGAUCCAAGGAGGAUCUAGACUUCGCCAAAUUCGAAGGACCUUGGAUGAUCCUUGAUCAUUAUUUGAUCGUCAAGGAAUGGGAGCCAAAUUUCGACCCCAUGACGGACAAAACGGAGAAGGUUCUGGUGUGGGUGCGGUUCCCUUGUCUCCCCAUCGAGUACUACAGCGGGAUAUUCCUUCGGAAGGUUGGUGACAAGAUCGGGCGUCCAGUCCGUGUUGAUCAUGCGACAAGCCAAGCAUCCAGAGGGAGAUUCGUGCGGAUCUGUGUCGAGAUAGACGUUACCAAGCCGUUGCUGUCCAAAUUCACGCUGGAGGGGAAGCGCCGUUUCAUAGCCUACGAGGGACUCCAUCUGGUCUGCUUCGGGUGUGGGAAAUAUGGCCAUGCACAAGAGGCAUGUCCGGCUACAAAGAGCACUGCGAUGGCAGGAGAGAUCGAGAGGGGGCCAGCCGUGGCAGAACAGGAAGCGGCAGUCCAGAGCAGUGCCGACGCGGAGACUACAGCGAAGCCUUAUGGGUCGUGGAUGGUGGUCACCAAACCUCAGCGACGGUUUCCCCAAAAGCCAGAGCAAGGCAAGCACCGUAAGGAGGGGGCGCCGAUGAGCCAGGGCAAAUCACGGUUCCAACCUCUGGACGAAUUACGUGAGAUGGAAGCUGCGGGAAUCGGAGGUGCUGAAGUGCCGGAGGUCGAAGUUGAGGGAGAAACUAGGGGUGACCAGACACAAGAGAUCAUAAAGAACGAUGGCCGAAAUAUAAGUAUUGGUAGGAAGCAGCGGAGGGCGAACGUGAUUGUCAAUGAGAAACAGAUCGACAACCAGAAGGAGGCACGCCAGCAUGCCACCACCAAGGGAAAGAAGAAGGUCAGUGACCUUCAGAGUGUGGCGGGGAACGGUUCAAGAAGGGCGGCAGAAGCAGAUGAACACGUUGUUGUGAGGGGAUCACAUGGAGGAAAGCUCAUCCAGACUGAAAGAGUGGUGGCCGUGUCUCUGGAUGGGGAGGAUCACGUCCAAGAAGGAGAUGGCACAAGAGAACAUCACAGCAACGAUCCCGAUGGCAUAGAUGAAGAUGGAGACGCUGUCAUGGAAGUGGACGGCGAACCAGGAGGGGGUCACGGAACCGACGCCGCUGGCGUCGACACUGGGGUGCAGGUACAGGAAGGAGGAGAGGAACCGUGGGCGUUCGCUAUUGUGUAUGGUAGCCCGGUACAUCAACUGAGAAAGCGGAUGUGGGAUGAACUCCAAAGCAGCAAGAGGAGGAUUAGUGGGCCUUGGCUCGUGGCAGGGGAUUUCAAUGCCGUCUCCUGCCAGGAAGAAACGUUAAAUUAUAAUGCUUACUCUACUCAAAGAAGUUCGGACUUUGUGGAUUGGAUAAGUGGGGAAGGCCUAAUUGACUUAGGGUUUAGUGGGCCUCGCCUAACUUGGGCUCGUGGAUCCGAUGUUGUCACUUCCAAAGGGGCAAGAUUGGACCGGGCCUUGUGCAAUGUGGACUGGCGACAAAGAUUCCCCGAAGCAUUCGUGCAACAUCUACCACGGGUAGUUAAACGGGCCUGGAUCCCAGGUGCGACAGUGCAGGGAAAUAUCAAUAAUGUACAGGCACACCUUAUAACCUGGAACAAGGAGGUGUUCGGGAGCAUCACGACUAGGAAAAGAAUCCUUCUAGCCCGUAUAGCAGGGAUCCAGCGGGCGUUGGCGACUUCGUUUCACAGAGGCUUGUUGAAGCUCGAGGGUAAAUUAAAAAGUGCCUUGGAGGAAGUGCUAUACCAAGAGGAACUAAUGUGGUUCCAACGGUCACGGGAGGAAUGGAUCGUAUCUGGUGACAGGAAUACUAAAUUUUAUCAUGCAGCCACCAUGGUACGCAAAGCGCAGAAUCGAAUCCGGGGAUUAAAAGAUGACUCCGGCAACUGGAUGUUUGAAGAAGAUGCCCUCCAACGUCAUGUCCAAGAUUUCUACAUGAACCUCUUCAGAGGGGACCAAGGUGCACACGUGGGGGCCAUGGGACGGGGCCUGUUUCCUACUCUUAACGCUGAGGACUGGCAGAUGUUCAAUAGAAAGGUAGACAAAGAUGAAGUUAAAACAGCUGUUUUCGACAUGAGCCCACUAAAGGCGUCAGGCCCAGAUGGCCUCCAUGCGGCCUUUUACCAAAGGAUGUGGGACGUAGUGGGCGACGAAGUGUUUGAGUUGGUAGCUUCGGUCCUUGAAACAGGCAAAAUGCCAGAGAAAGUGAAUGAUACUCUUAUUGUGCUUAUUCCCAAGGUUCAACUGCCAGAAACCAUCAAGCAGUUCCGGCCAAUUAGUUUGGUUGGGCCGUUCCAGAGCUCGUUCGUCCCGGGAAGACAAAUCAUGGAUAACGUGAUUUUGUUUCAAGAAGUGCUGCACUCCAUGCGCCUGAAGAAAGGGAAAACAGGCCUAAUGGCCAUUAAAAUUGACUUGGAAAAGGCUUAUGACCGUUUAAAUUGGGAUUUUAUUAAAGAUACCCUUGUUGAUGCAGGGUUUGAAGCAGGAUGGGUGCGGGCGAUCAUGGAAUGUGUCAGCACUCCCACUAUGUCCAUUGUAUGGAAUGGAAAUCGCACGGAUCAGUUCAAACCUGGGAGGGGAGUACGCCAAGGGGACGCGAUAUCUCCAGCUCUGUUUGUACUUUGCAUUGAGCGCCUCUGUCAAUCUAUAUCCGCUGCGGUGAACAGCGGAGCGUGGAAAGGGAUCCGUUUGGCGCCCUCGGGGCCGGUCCUAUCUCAUUUAUGUUUCGCAGACGACAUGGUGCUAUUCUCCGAAGCAACUAUUGAUCAAGUCAAUGUCAUUAUGCGCUGCCUGGAUUUGUUUUGUGAGGCGUCGGGGCAAAAAGUCAGUUUUGCUAAGUCGUCAGUCUAUUUUUCGAGCAACACUAAUGAGAUGUUGGCGCAGGAAAUAUCCAAUGCGCUGCAUAUGAUGAAAACCACAGACCUUAGCCGCUACCUCGGAGUACCAGCGAUACACGGGCGGGUAACGCAUGGGCUGUACAAUGGACUGAUCGAGAGAGUUGCAGCCAGAUUAGACGGGUGGAAGUCAAAAAACCCUCACUUUGGCUGGGCGAGUCACGAUGGCAAAAGCUGUUCUCAGUGCAAUGCCUAUGUACACCAUGCAAACGGUGUGGAUGCCGAUAGGGAUUUGCGAUAA